AUGCCCGAAUACAUCAUAUCCGUCUUAGGCGGGGUGGUGCAGGACUUGACGACUAUUACGGACAGGCUACCGCAUGAUGGCGAAACGUUCCCAGCUAGUAGAUUCACUAUGCAGCCUGGCGGGAAGGGUUCAAACUCCGCGGUCGCCAUCCACCGGCUCACAAGGCCAAACCCCCGAAACCAGCAGCAAUACGACGACACGAAGGACGCGCCAGGCACCAGGGAAAACGACAUCAAAGUGCGGAUGGUUGGGGUUGUUGGCGACGACAAGUUCGGACCGGCGCUGAUCGAGAAUUUGGAGAAGUGUGGGGUGAACAAGGAUGGGGUGCGCAUUAUGGAGGGCUACGAUACGGCCGUUGCGAACAUCCUCGUCGAGUCUGAGUCCGGCGCGAACCGUAUUAUGCAGUACCCCGGCGCCGCAAGUCAUGUGAGCCCAGACGACUUUACGACUGGCGAGAGUCUGGGCGGAGGCGUGGUCCCUCAUAUGAUGGUCGCGCAGCUGGAGCUUCACCGCGACGCAGUGGAACAAGCCAUCGAGACGGCGAGCCGUGUGGGCGUCGAGGUUCUGCUAAAUCCAUCGCCUGCGCAUUUUCUCUUUCCGGAUAUCUACUGCAACGUUUCUCAUCUGGUAAUGAACGAGACGGAGGCAUUUGUGCUGGCAGAACGCAAAGACGAGGAUACCACGACUUUCUCCGAUUGGACCAGUAUCGCGGACUAUUUCCAUGGCUUGGGUGUCAAGAAUGUCGUCAUUACCUUAGGGGAGAAGGGGGCAUAUUAUUCAACUAAGAAAGGAGAAAAGAUGCAGAAUGGAUAUGCUGAAGCGGAGAAGGAGUGCUAUGUUUUUGAUACAUCUGGUGCGGGAGAUAGCUUCGUCGGUGGGUACGUGUCCCAGUAUCUAAAGCAACGGCAGGAAGGAGAGUGGGAUAUCAAGGUGGCGGUUCAGUACGGAUGCAAAGCGGCAGCCCGAGUAAUCGAGGAACUAGGCUGUUUAGAGCCGAUACCCUGGGCCGAUGAGGUCGAUAUACCUCGCCGCAGGAAUACUGGUUGA